UGUGGGAAGGUGAGGGAGGAGGGAAAAGCCUGCACCACAGCUCCCGCCGCUGCUUUUAGUGAAGACCGAGAGCGCGAGAGCGUUCUGCUUCCCUUCUUCCCUCCUGGAGGCCAUUCCUCCAUAUUUAACCAGGAUAAAGAGGGGGCGCAGGGCCGAGCCCGAAUGAGCCAGAGCUGCCGCUCCCCUCAACGGACCCCGCUUCGGCCCCCGGCCCAGGCGGGAGAAGGGGCGUUCGGCGCCGCCGAAGUUACUCCAUGGAGGGGGGAGGGGUCGCAUCGCGGGGGCCGCUCCAGCUCUUUGCAUAAAUUAUGCUAAUGAAAGACCUCCGGCUCAGCUUCCCCCCCCCACCCCGCGCCCGAGCUCCCCGCCCCUCAGGAGUUUCUCCUCGGACCGCCCGCGGGCUGGGCGAAGGUGAAUAUAUUAUGCUAAUGAGGCGGGCUCCAGCCUAGGCUUGGAAGUGGGGGCGCACUGCAGCCGGAGCCGCGGGCGGGAGGCCGCGCGCCUGGAGGGGGUCGGAGGAGGGACGGCGCUUUCGGAGCGCGCGCGCACUCACACACUCACACACACACACACACACACACACUCACACACGAGCAUCCCGAAGGGUAUUUAAGGCUCGCAGACGCGAGGCUGCGGAGAUACUUCGGGCGGCCGCGACUUCGCCCUCGCGACUCGCCUGUUCUCCUUGGGUGUUUGGUGUUCCUCGCUUCUCUCCCCCGUGGCCACCCCCUUUGCAUUACGCUCUCGCAGCCUCUCGCAGCCGUUUUGCCUGGAACUGAAUCCAGGUGGGAAACAGGUCGGCGUGAGGAAAAACACCGAAUAGGUAGAAGGCAAACUAACAGAGGCGCAACAGGUCCGGCGCUGUGAGGCGAGGGCGAGCGGCGGCCCCUCUCAGCGCCUCGGGCCGCUGUCCCUCGGACCUCGCGCGGCCGCUCUUCUUAGGGAGGUCCCGGUCCUCUGAGGGGCCAAGGAGGGCACCCGGGUGGAUUUCAUCCCGGUUUUUACCUCACUGCCACCAGUCCCCAGUCGGAGGGUGCGUUUCACUCGCAGCUGGGAGGGGAGAAGAGAGCGGGGGAUGGUCCACGUCUGCUGGUCUCGACGCUGAGGAAAGCAGCGGUCCACCUCCACUCCCCGGCUCAGACUCCGCCAACUAGUUGUGCAGCCACCAGGACUGAACUUUGGAGGAAUCGUCCUUUUGCUUUCUUUUAAGAUUGUUGGAAGUGGUAGAGGGUGGGAGGCGAAGCCGAGACAGCCGACCCCGCCACGAUGCUGAUGAAGAAGCAAGCAGGGAAAGGAGGGGGGCGGGAACCGGGCUCUGAGGACCCGAGCCCAGCCCGGCAGCGUUGUGUCCGGGCCGUGCCCCCGUGCGCGGUCCUGGCCGCCCUCCUGUCAGUGGUGGCCUUGAUGUCUUGUCUCUACCUGGGGGUGAAAACCAACGACCUCCAGGCGAGGAUCGCCGCUCUCGAAGCUGCCAAAGGGGACCCUUCCAUCCGUCUGCUGCCUGAUUGUCUGGAUCAGCUGAAAGCAGUGGUGCAAGAAAAAGUGGAGCGACUACUGGCUCAGAAAUCCUAUGAACAUAUGGCUAAAAUAAGAAUUGCAAGAGAAGCACCUUCAGAGUGCAACUGCCCGGCAGGGCCUCCAGGGAAGAGAGGUAAGAGGGGCCAAAGAGGAGAAUCUGGUCCUCCUGGUCAGCCGGGUCCUCAGGGCCCUCCUGGUCCAAAAGGUGAUAAGGGAGAACAAGGCGAUCAGGGACCUCGGAUGGUGUUUCCUAAAAUCAAUCAUGGGUUUCUCUCUGCUGAUCAGCAGCUCAUUAAACGCCGCCUGAUUAAGGGUGACCAAGGACAGGCUGGGCCGCCAGGCCCUCCAGGUCCCCCAGGCCCAAGAGGGCCUCCUGGGGAUACAGGGAAAGACGGCCCCCGCGGAAUGCCAGGAGUGCCCGGUGAACCAGGGAAGCCAGGAGAACAAGGCUUGAUGGGUCCUCUGGGGCCUCCAGGACAAAAGGGUUCUGUUGGAGCACCUGGAAUUCCAGGGAUGAAUGGGCAAAGGGGUGAGCCUGGGUUGCCUGGAGCAGUAGGACAGCAUGGUAUACCAGGGCCAAAGGGAGAACCUGGAGAACGAGGAGAAAAGGGAGAUGCUGGAGAGAAUGGCCCCAAAGGCGACACAGGCGAAAAGGGAGACCCUGGAUCAUCUGCGGCUGGAAUUAAGGGAGAACCCGGAGAAUCUGGUCGUCCAGGGCAAAAGGGUGAACCAGGGCUUCCUGGGCUUCCUGGACUUCCGGGGAUAAAGGGAGAACCAGGUUUCAUUGGUCCUCAAGGACCAGGCUUACCAGGGUUACCAGGAACAAAGGGUGAACGUGGGGAGGCAGGGCCUCCUGGAAGAGGGGAUCGAGGGGAGCCUGGAGCCCCUGGACCAAAGGGGAAACAAGGUGAAUCAGGAACUAGAGGCCCAAAGGGGUCAAAGGGUGAUCGUGGAGACAAAGGGGACUCUGGAGCCCUGGGACCAAGGGGUCCGCCUGGUCAAAAGGGGGAUCAAGGAGCCACUGAGAUCAUAGACUACAAUGGCAACCUCCACGAAGCCUUGCAAAGAAUUACCACCUUAACUGUCACGGGUCCCCCUGGACCACCUGGACCUCAAGGAUUACAAGGGCCAAAGGGAGAACCAGGAUCUCCAGGAGUCCCAGGAGUUGAUGGAGAGCAGGGACUCAAAGGCUCAAAGGGGGACAUGGGGGAUCCAGGCAUGCCAGGUGAAAAAGGAGGAAUUGGUCUUCCUGGAUUGCCGGGCGCCAAUGGAAUGAAAGGAGAAAAAGGAGACUCCGGAUUGCCAGGUCCUCAGGGUCCUUCCAUCAUAGGCCCACCAGGCCCACCGGGUCCCCACGGCCCACCAGGCCCUAUGGGACCCCAUGGACUUCCUGGACCGAAGGGUACCGAUGGCCCUAUGGGACCCCAUGGCCCUGCAGGUCCCAAAGGAGAAAGAGGUGAAAAAGGAGCUAUGGGAGAACCAGGACCCCGAGGGCCUUACGGUCUGCCCGGGAAAGAUGGAGAGCCUGGUCUUGAUGGUUUUCCUGGUCCACGAGGAGAGAAGGGUGAUCUGGGAGAAAAGGGGGAAAAGGGGGAAAAGGGAAAGAAAGGCAAAAAGGGGCCUAAAGGGGAGAAAGGAGAACAGGGUGCUCCUGGAUUAGAUGCACCCUGCCCGUUGGGGCCGGAUGGAUUGCCUAUGCCUGGCUGCUGGCAAAAGUGAUGAAUCUAACCUUCUGAGCAUGAAGUUGUGUAUAUAAGGGUCCCCUUUUUAUAUUUAUAGAUGAACAUUGAAUUGCAGAUUUUACAAGUCUGAGAUAUGUUUACACAUAGCUGCUUCUUCCGGUUCGCAGUAGUACACAUGUCCACUUUUCCUUUCCUUACAUCCGAAACUGGGAACAUGUGACACCAGUGAGAAGCCUACUAAAAACAUAGAUUAGUAUCUCUCUUAUGUGAAGAUAUGUAUUUAUAUGGACAUAGUGAUAGAGAUGGGUUGUUCUUGCUAUUUUCUUACUUUGGGCUUGUUAAUUGCAUGGACAAAAAAAAGUGCCAUGAGAUAGUUUACAUAAAAUUGUGACCAAAUACGGACUUGAAGCUAUGACAGUGUACCACACUGACUGAUUUUAGAAUUUAAUCGUCACAUCCCUACUCACCGAUGUUAUCCACACCCACACCACUCAUUGCAACUGACUGAAAAAGCAUGACCGUGUGCCAGGCCUGCUUGCUGUGCAACUUCAGAUGCUAGCAUGCCACAUGCUGGGUCCUUUGAUCACAUCUGAGCUUUUAUUUCUUUUGUCAUCUCAAGGGGGUUACACCUUGGCUUAUUGCCAAAAAGUGAUAAGGUGGCGGAGAGCACACCCACAAAUGGUCUUGUAUUUUGCGGGAGCUGCAGUCCCGACUGCAGAUCUACAGCUUCCAGUGGUGUGGGCUCAUGUGGCCUCCUUGGUUGAAAUGUCAAGGGGCUGAGCUGGUUGCCGACGCCAGUUUUCCUUGGGCUGCCCUUGGCUGUGAAGACAAGGAAAGAGGACCAGUUCAGCCUUCUGCACUCUCGUGUGACCAAGUAGGAAAGAGGUUUACAAAGGCAAGCACCCCGGAUAGCAGACUUCUGUUCUUUAAUCAACUGAAUUCCAGCAAGUGCUUAAAUGGGUGCUUUCGGAAAAUGACAGAGGCAUACAGCACUUCUUGGGGGUAGGAGAUUCUUGAUGGCCGCCCCUGUUCCUGAGGACAAGGCAUGCGUACAUCCCACCACAGCUCAGGUUGCUGAAGAAACUGGCUGAAAUAACCUCUCUUGAAGAUGUCUGAGAGCUCGCCCUGCAAUCUCUGCUGAAGCUGACGUGGGAGCUUCCCUCCCUUCCGAGACCCAACCCAUGUUAAAUGUUUUCUACAAAGUUCUAGAAACAGUAAGGUAUUUUCCGUUCUUUUUAAUAUUUUUUCUUUUCUUUUUUAGUCCCAGGAAUAUUCAGGGAAGGUUUUUUUUCUUUGUUUUGUUUUGUUUUCCAGCUUUUGCCACAGUUAUUUUGAAUGCUUUUUUAAAAGAAAAUCUUCAAAUCCUAGUAACUUGGUACCAACAGUCAAGAUGACCUUUUGCUAAGUGCUCUCUCAUUCUGCAUAAUUGAAGAGAUUAUAAAAGAAGCUCCACUUUCAGUUCAGUCAUUGUAAAGCAUCAAAGGGAAGCAAUUUUUCAGUCCUUUUUGCCUUUUUUUCAUAUGAUGAAUAUAACAUGCAUAGUGAUUAUCAUUUAAGAUACCAUCAAGAUUUGGUUACAUUUAAUAGUAUUAACUCAUUUCUAUUGCUUGUAGUUCGAUUUAAACCUAAGUUUUGUCUGUACUUAGAUUUCUUUCUUUUUUUACAUUUCUAAAUGUUUGUCUUAUGCACAGACCAAAUCUGAGAUCUCAGAAAGCUGUGAAAUAUAGUUGCCAUAAAAAGAGUAUUUUUCAACUGCUUGCUCAAAAGUUACCUAAUUGUAUUAGACUGAGCAUUUCUUUGCACAGUAAAGAGCUGAUAGCAUGUUUGAAAUGACUUAUUCUAAGUGGAAGGAUUACAUAGGAAGAAACAUCAGUGAGGAGCAGUCACUCUUUCAACCCACUGGAUGGUAUAAUUUCUGACUUCGUGCUAUUUUGUGGAAAUUUUUCUGGUUUCAUGUAAGGGUUUUCACCACCAGAGAGGAAAUUGCCACAUCAUUGGCUUAUGGUGACAACAGUUAAGAUAUGAUUUUAAGACAAAGAUCCUAAGAUCCUUCUCAUCUCUUUCAUAUGAUAUAACCAAAUGCUCAAUUAUACAAAAUGCCUUCUUUUUGUUUCCAUUAAGUUUUCAAGAAUGGAAAGAUGUUUGAACAAAUCUAUCAAUCUAAUUGGUAGCAUUUUUAGUAACAUUCCACCCUUUGAAACCAAUUUAGCGUUUUUAAAACAACAGAGGGCAUUUUCUACCCAUCUUUUGUAUGACUUGGUUAGGAUAAGGCAUUUUAUUCAAUGUCUGAAACAUUUGCUCUUAAACGAUUUGUAAAAAUGAACUAAAGCGGGUAAAACUACAAUCUUUUCAGAAAAACAAACAGUGGUGUCUUGAGAAAAAUCUGGUGGCUGUAUUUCUUCCUAUCUUUCUUUCUACUCUUCUGGUAAAGAUAUUAUGAUGGAUCACUAUUUAAAAUUGCACAGCUUCAAAAGAGAAUACCUCAGCAUUGAAAAAGAAACAUUUCACAUACAAAAUAUAUGUAUAUAUAUUUUUUUAAACACAACCCUUUAAGAAUACUGUUCUGUCCUAUGUGUAUAUUGAGGUUUUGCUCUAUCACUGAUUUGACAAUAUUGACUUUUAUUCCAUGUUAAAGGGAAGCUAUAAACUUCCGUAUUCCUUGAGGAAAACAAAAGGACCACGGUACUCACCUUUGUUCUAUGGAAUGACUAGGUCUUAACCACCAUGCAUAAUCUUCAACUUUUAUUACUCAAAUAUUUUAAAGUAUUCAUUUUGUCAUCAAUAUAGAGAAUCCUCAAAUAAUUGCCUGAUGAACUUAGGAAUGUGUCUGCUAAUAGAUGUGUUGGCAGGUACAUAUUUUUCUUUAAGAUUUCUUUCUUUUCAUUUAUAUUAUUGGAGAAGAUUAAGAAAAAAUACGUGAAAGACACAUUGGAAAUAAGUCAAGAUCAGGUUCUAUUUCUGAUAAGCAUCCUUUAAGGAUGCCACAUUGGUAUGAAAGACACAUUGGAAAUAAGUCAAGAUCAGGUUCUAUUUCUGAUAAGCAUCCUUUAAGGAUGCCACAUUGGUAUGUGUUUUAGCUUUAAAAUUUUUUUCCACUUAUGUUGGUGCUAAUGUAUUUCUUUUCUUUUUCUUUGUGGACAGUGCAGCUCUACUAUGGAUAAUUCAUCUCUUUGUGUAAUAGCAUUCCUAAACUCUUAGCGUGUGAUUUUAUUUUUAAAGUUCAUGAAUUUUAUUUUUAAAAGUUCGUGAAUUUGCUAUGAUUUCUUAAUGUAGAAGAAAACACAGCCAUGUACCUGUAGAUGAUAUGUGCUUACUUGGAUUGUGGAUCCUCUUAUUUCAUGCUCAUUUCAUAUACCAUCUGCCUUUAUCAACUUUCAUUCUCAUCUUUUAGCUUAUGUAAGUUGAUUAAGCGUGCCAAAACCAAUGUUAGACAAGUCUGCACAUGAUCAUACAGUACCUGACACAUAAAUAUGCCAAAAUUUUUCUUCUCCUUUCAUUUUCAUUAUGAAAAGCAGUCUUGAAGGAUUUUUCUUUCUUAUUUCAUUUCAUAGGAAUCAUGCCACAUGAUCAUACAGUACCUGACACAUAAAUAUGCCAAAAUUUUUCUUCUCCUUUCAUUUUCAUUAUGAAAAGCAGUCUUGAAGGAUUUUUCUUUCUUAUUUCAUUUCAUAGGAAUCAUGAGAGUAUCUUGAAUUUCUACCAAAAAAAAAAAAAAAGUUUGUUCCAGAACCCUGUGCAUGAUGUUCUGAUGGCACAGUAAGAAUUUGUUUGCAAAUAGUUCAUUCUGUAUAUCCUUUGUCUACUAUAUAUAGACACCUCUCUACUAGUUUGGAAGUGGUCAAAUCAGCAUGUCAGUACCUAUGGAAAAAUUAACUGAUGUAUUAUAUUUUUAUCACUUAGAAAAAAUGCUUAAUUUGCCAAGGUUUUCUUUUUAAUGUUACUAUUGUAGCAUAAAAAAUUAACACCACUUUUCAUCCCUUUUUUUUUUUUUUUUUUUGGCCACUAUAUACAGCCUUACCCAGAAAUAAGUUUUAAAUGUAAGGUGAGUGGCAUUUUAAUAUCUUCUAAGAAGUGAUCCUAGGAACAUGCAGAGAUUGAUAUCUGAAACCUUAUUUUUCUUUCUUGAUAAUCAAGCUGUAUUAAUAAUUAACAUUACCAAAAAUGAACUUUUCUAAUUUUUACCAAAAAAAAACAACCUUGCUAUCUUUAGAAAGUCAAGUCCAUAGCAACUUAUGAACUCAACUCAAAAAUAGUAAUUAAGAACAAUCACGUGAUUCUGGCUGUUAAAACAGUUCAUUUCUAGUGGAAUUAACAUACUUGACCAUUUAUGAUUCUGCUAAAUUAUUAUAGAAUGUAAGGACCUUCAGUCCCUACUCUUUCUCAUUUUUGUUGAAAUGUCUUCAUAUUGGCUAUAUUUACUUAUGCCGUAGCAGAAAUACCCUUCCAACUUAAAUUUUUAGUGGAUUUUGUUUUUGCUAAUACAACAGUGAAACAUUAUAAUGGCAUUUCUGAUUUUUUUAAAUGUAUUUAAAUGCAUACCUUUCCCCACACUGCUUAGUGACAGAACUGUCCUUUUGGAAGUAAGAAGACAUUUUCAAUCUGACCUGUUACAUUUGAUUUAUUGAUAACAAAGUAUCAACAUUUCUCAAAAUUACUAAUAAAUUGGAUUCACAAAAGAAUGUCUUACAUAUUACUGACAUUUAUGUGAAUAUUCUUUAUACUGGUGUAAAUGUUUCAUGCAAUUUAAUAACAUUUUUAAAAGAUGUAUGUAUCUAAUUUUCCUUUAGAAAAUAUUAUAUUUUUAUUUGUAUUUUUUACAUUUAAAGUUCAUCUCUAUGUGCAGCUAUUUUUAUAUUGCCAAACAAUCACAUAAAUGAAAAAUAAGAGAAAAAUGCAAAAAAAGUUUUAGCAAGCAUAACACUGCAUAUUUUUCUUAAUAUUUUGUGGGCCAGUCUCAUGUGAUUGAUUAUUCUAAGAAUGUGUUGUGUCUUAUCACUGUAAAUAUGGCACAAACCUGUUUUUCUUGGUAGUGUAAAUAAUUGAAAAAUUGAAUUCUCCGUUUGAUUUCUCAUUUCGAUUUCAUUAUAAUUUCUCCAGCUGACAUUGCCAAAUCAAAGACCAAAAGACGCAUGUGGUUUUUGAUUUGCAGCUUGGAGAUAAUUGCAUUGUGCUCAGUUUCUAAUUUGUUUUUAUUUGCUUUUUUAACUUGCUUUCAGGGUUCCUAGUUUGUGAGAAGUUGAUCUUCAGAAUUAUUUUUACACUAUUUAUGACUUAUUUUCAUAAUGUAAAAAGUGUGUAAUUAUUACAAUAUUAAUCCAAACAAUGGUAAUGAAUUGUAUUGUUAUAAAGCUUUAAUGAUGCACGAA